AUGUCUGACACGCACGGCGUCACGCCCGGCGCCUUGAAGGAGGCGCUCUCCAAAAGCACCAGCCACAAAUGGGCCGGCAAGCCCAUACGCGUGCAGGUGACCAACUUGAAGGUCAUCAACGAGCAGAACUUGGCCGAAAGACGCUACCGCUGCGUGUUCAGCGACGGCCAGAACUCCAUCCAGGGUCUCCUCGACUCCCACUGCAACACGUACUUGGAGGCCAACGGCUUCACCAAGUUCUCGGUGAUUUCCAUCGACAAGUUCACCAUGGCCAAGACCAUGAAGCGGAUCCUCAUUGUGUCGGCGCUUACGGUGGAGGUCCCCAAGGCGGAACGCUUGGGCCAUGAGGUCACGCCGCUCGACCCCUACUUCGACCAGAAUCCGCAGGAAGACAUGGCCAUGGCCGCGUUUGGCGCCGCUGCCCAGGGCGCUGCGGCUGCUCCUCAAGCAGCCGCCGUGCCUCCGCCGGCGGCGCCGCGUGCCAAGCCCGCGGGCCCCAGCAGGCCCGUCAACCCCAUCGAGUCGUUGUCGCCGUACCAAAACAACUGGACCAUCAAGGGCCGGGUGCUGUACAAGGGCGACAUCCGCACAUGGUCCAACGCCAAGGGCGAGGGCAAGUUGUUCAACGUGAACUUCUUGGACGAGUCGGACGAGAUCCGCGCCACGGCUUUCAACGAGAUGGCGGACAAGUACUUCCACUUGUUGGAGGAGGGCAAGGUGUACUACGUGAGCAAGGCGCGCAUCCAGCAGGCCAAGCCCAAGUUCUCGCACCUCAGCCACCCCUACGAGUUGUCGCUCGACAAGGACUCGGAGAUCACCGAGUGCUUCGACACCGCGGACGUGCCCAAAAUCAACUACAACUUCGCGCGCUUGGACGCCAUCCAGAACCUCGAGAAGGACACGGUUGUCGACGUGAUCGGCGUCAUCAACACCGUCAACGACGUGUUCCAGAUCACCGCCAAGUCCACGGGCAAGCCCUUCAGCCGCAGAAACGUCAGCAUCGUUGACGACUCCAACUUCGCCAUCGACGUCGGUUUGUGGAACGCCACCGCCGUGGACUUCAGCAUUCCGGCGGGCUCCGUGGUGGCGUUCAAGGGCGUCAAGGUCCAGGACUUCGGCGGCCGCUCGUUGACCUUGACCCACUCGGGCAGCAUCAUGGCCAACCCUGACAUCCCUGAGGCCUACCAGUUGAAAGGCUGGUAUGACAACAAGGGCGUCAACGAGAACUUCAAGUCUUUGAAGGUUGAGUCCGCCGGGGCGGCCGAGCCGUUGGCCAACAGGAAGACCAUUGCCCGCGCCGAGGUCGAGGGCUUGGGCAGCAACGAGAAGCCGGAUUUCUUCACCGUCAAGGCGUCCAUCAACUACAUCAAGGCCGACAACUUCUGCUACCCUGCGUGCGCCAAUGAGAUCAACACCACGGGCAGGGGCCCCUCGCCUUGCAACCGGAAAGUCAUCCAAGAAAGCGAUGGCUCCUGGAGAUGCGAGCGCUGUAACCUAACUUACCCAGAGCCACACUACAGGUACAUCUUGAGCGCGUCUCUCGUGGACCAUACGGGCCAGAUCUGGGUCACCUUGUUUGACGACGAGGCCAACAAGUUGUUGAAAACAAGCGCGAGCGACCUCAUCAGAUUGAAGGAGGAAGAGGACAACGGGGACUUCACCAAGCUCAUCAACUCAGCCACCAUGAGGGAGUUGAACUUCAGAGUCAAGGCCAGGCAAGACAGCUACAACGGCCAAACCAAGAUACGCUACCAGGUGAGCUCAAUCUCCGAGCUCAACUACGAGAAUGAGUGUGUUGCCUUGGCGAAGGACUUGGAGGGUGUGUCGAUCAAUUGA